AUGCCCGCGCUCGUCCUCGGCGUCGCGCCCGGCCUCCUCGGGGAGCCGCGCGGGUUGGGCGCGCUCCCAGGCGCAUUCCUGGCCGGGCAGCCCCUCCUCCUCGGCCGUGGCCAAGGGGCUGGCGCCUCCCCGCCUCGCCGCGAUUGUCUCGUGCGGGCGGCUGCGGACGCUCCUGGCCGCUGCGGCUGCAGGUCGGCGCGUGGCGCACCUGGACCCGGGACUGCGCCUCCCGAGCGCGGCGGGCCCGGCUGCGCUCCGGGGUUCCCGCCUCCCUCCCUGCCCGAGCCGCUCGGGGCCGCGCGGAGCCCCGCUCCCCGCAGGGGCGGCUGCAGCAUCGGCUUGGGACAACCUCGGCAGGAAGGCAGACAAAGUUAUUUCCCCUUCCCAAGCAGAAAGGUUCCGAUUGGCAAGAUGGUGCCCAACUGUCCCCGCGCGCUCUUCCUCCUGCUGCUUUUCCUCGCCUGCCCCGAAUCGCGGGCUUCCCAGAACUGUCUCAACAAACAGCAGCUCCUCUCGGCCAUCCGCCAGCUGCAGCAGCUGCUAAAGGGCCAGGAGACACGCUUCGCCGAGGGCGUCCGUCACAUGAAGAGCCGGCUGGUGGCGCUGCAGAGCUCUGUGAGCAGAGCGGGCCUGGACACGCCCCCAGUUUCCUGCCCUGCUCUGAGCACCCCUCCGGAUGGCAGAAAGUUUGGGAGCAAGUACUUAGUGGAUCACGAAGUCCAUUUUACCUGCAACGCUGGCUUCCGGCUGGUCGGGUCCAGCAGCGUGGUGUGUCUUCCCAACGGCACCUGGACGGGAGAGCAGCCCCGCUGUAGAGAUAUCAGCGAAUGCUCCAGCCAGCCUUGUCAGAAUGGUGGCACAUGUGUGGAAGGUGUCAACCAGUACAAAUGCAUUUGUCCUCCGGGAAGGACGGGGAGCCGCUGUCAGCAUCAGGCCCAGACUGUCGCCCUCGAGAGCAGCGAGGCAGGGGACCCCGCCUUCAGCCGCGCGCCUCGAUGCGCGCAGGUGGAGAGGACGCAGCACUGCAGCUGCGAGGCCGGAUUCCACCUGAGCGGCGCCGCCGGCGACAGCGUCUGCCAGGAUGUGAAUGAAUGCGAGCUCUACGGACAGGAGGGGCGCUCCCGGCUCUGCAUGCACGCCUGCGUGAACACCCCCGGCUCCUACCGCUGUGCCUGCCCCAGCGGAUACCGGACCCUGGCCGAUGGCAAGAGCUGUGAGGAUGUCGAUGAGUGUGUGAGCCCGCAGCACGUGUGCCCCCGGGGUACCGUGUGCAUCAACAUCGGUGGAGGCUUCCAGUGCGUCAGCCCCGAGUGCCCCGAGGGCAGCGGCAACGUGAGCUACGUGAAGACCUCUCCGUUCCAGUGUGAACGGAACCCCUGCCCCAUGGACAGCAGGCCCUGCCACCACAUGCCUAAGACCAUCUCUUUCCAUUACCUCUCCCUGCCCUCCAACCUGAAGACGCCCAUCACGCUCUUCCGCAUGGCCACGGCCUCGGCCCCCGGCCGGCCUGGACCCAACAGCCUGCGAUUUGGGAUUGUGGGUGAGAACAGCCGUGGCCACUUUGUAAUGCAGCGCUCGGACCGCCAGACAGGGGAGCUCAUCCUGGUCCAGACCCUGGAGGGACCUCAGACACUGGAGGUGGAUGUUGACAUGUCCGAAUACCUGGACCGCUCCUUCCAGGCCAACCACGUGUCCAAGGUCACCAUCUUUGUGUCCCCUUAUGACUUCUGA